AUGGAAACGCAAAUGAUAGAAGCAAUAGGCAUGGAAAUAGUCGUGGAAUCCGCCAGCGAGCUCAAGAAGGCAAAAAUAGCACCGAAAACCAGGGCUUUCGCGCUUUGCUUCAUUCACGGUGCAGGCAAGCACGGCCGCAGGCUCUUGGAGCACACAACGGCAGUGGACAGAGAAAAUGGAAGAAACCCUAGCUGGAACGAGACCAUUUCCUUUGCCCUACCUGAGUCUUCCAUUCAGCAGGACCGCCUGCUAUUUACAGUCCAAAUAUGCAACCAGAGCACCUGGAGGCCUCAUGUCAUCGGCCAUGUGACCGUGCCGCUGAAAGAACUUGCAAAGCAACCGCUUGAAAAUGGCGAAAGCUUCCAGGUGCUCGGCCCUUCCGGGAAGCCCAAGGGAACCCUAAAUCUGUCGGUCAGGUUGAGUAAAAAUAGAACCAGAAUUCAUGUCCACCAGUUCCCUCACCCUAGGUCGCAUGCCGUGACUGCCAAGGGCAACGAUUUCUGUGCACAAAUCGCCUCUGUGGCGGGGAUUUCCAGUAACUUCUUCUGA